CUUCUCUUAUCGAUAAAAACCCCCCGUCAGGGUACCACCGGUACCCUCCUUGACCUCGUUGCUACCGCUCGUCGGCGCUCGACUACGAUCGACCAAAGAAACGCACGCCGCACUGCCUUAGAAAUAAGAAGAACCAUAAGAGUUUAUCACAUUCACUCCUAAGCUAGUGUCUCGCUGCUGGAAUAUUGUGUAAGCGAUUUUUUUUCUCUGUGCCUGUGGAUUUUUCGCGCUGUCCUCCAUUUUUCUCACCCCUCCCCCGCUUUUCGCAUGGUUUUGUGUGUGUGUUUUGGUUCCGCGCAUGAGUGGUUGAAGGUUGACAGUAAAGUAAAGGGUAAGGGGCUGGUAUACGACUCAGUCGCAGUACGCACGUACAGUGAUCAGGUUAAUUUUGUUGUUGGUGUGGCUUGAAAUAGAAAAACCAUGAACCGGAUGACGUGCACGACUGUAGCAGCAGCGGCUGCGGUCGUACUGGCCUGUUUGGUUGUAGGAGUCGCGGAAGGGCGGCACGUGGUGGUCAGAAGGGACGCUGACGAACACCACGACCCACACAACAAGAAACCCAUCGAUCCGCACAAGCUAAAGGAAAUGACAGACUGGAGUAUCUUGAGGGACAAAAGGAAAGUGGAAGCAGUAUCGGGAGUAAAGAACGCCGUCUUAGGAUUUGUUUUCAAUAAAAUAAACUCGUUCAUCGACCAGAAAACCGCAUGGGUGGACCAACUGGACCACACCAACAUCGAAAAGAACAAGGCUGCUCACAUUUUCCCACCCAAGGACCCAGUGGUCAGCCUGUCGCACGUCAUCACGGACGCCAUCGGUUCCAAACUGCAAUCCGUCGGGCCCUUGCUUAACCUGGUCACAAGCAAAUUCGGCAGUUUCAGUCACGGAGGUCACGACGACCACCACGGAAGCGGACACAAAGGGUUCGACCUCGUCGGAGGUCUGAUCAGCAAAGGGUUCUCGGCCAGUGGUCAUGGUAGCUCGGGUGGCGGACACGGACACAACGGUGGCCAUGAGGACAACCACUAUGACCCAACGGCGCAUGGCCAUGCCAUAUAGAUAUUUUGUAAUUGUUGACAUGUGGGUUUUGAGGGUGAGAUGUUUGGUGGAUAGGCGUUGAGGUAUUUGUGUAAGCUGAGACAGUUUGAUCGUUUUUAAUUAUAUCAUCAUAUACCGUUCUUACCGGAGUUGAAGCUAUCGAUUAUGAUCGGCUUAAACUCAAGCAAGCGACAACAGUAUCAGUUUCUACAGGUGCACACACAUUGAGUGGUGUAAAAAAGCGAUGUGUCACUUUUGGCGAGUGCAAAUGACAGAUGUCAAAAGACCUUUUCAGAAAACAAUCAACUACUCUACUCUACUAUGCACUGUACACGAGAUAUAAAAAAUAUAAAAAAAUGCGUAAAAUGUUAAAGAACAUUUUCGAUGAUAAAUGUUAGCAUUCGGUAUUAGGUGUGAAUAUUGCAUUUCUUGGAGAUUUUUAAGACUCUAUCUUCUGGAUUAUGAGUUGCGUCUCUAGAAACCUUCUUUGAAAAAUGCUCCCAGUGGCUAUAAAAUGUUCCUUAGUAACGAAUUGCAUUAGUCACAAAUGCUUAAGAAAUGCUUCAAGAAAAAACUUGGACAUAGAAAAACGUAAAAAAAGUAAUCUGAAGACAUAGUAUAUUAAGAUUGAAAGUUACAAAUUCAGCCUAAAAGAAAUCACAGCAUUUUUACUUUCAUUUCCUCAAACAUCUUGACAAAUAUUGAACAAUAAACACAUUUUGAUUUAGUUUUCAAUCCUGUCUCAGCUUUUACGUUCUUAGAGGUUCUGGAUAUGUCAAAAUGACUGGACCAUCAACUAUAUCAUCAUAUUAGGUAUGUUAUUUUUUAUUUAAAAAAAUUGGAAAAAAAUAAAAAAAAUCGAUAUCAACUAUACUUAAAAUGUUAUUUUAUUCUUAGUAGUGAAAGUAAUUUAAGACAACUUAGAUCAUUUUAUACGAAAUAGUUUUAGAGAACUGCACUGCCAAUAAUCUGAAGAGGACACAAAGAUGAAGGCGAUGUAAUUUUGUCUCCAUGUUGCACUACCAUGGAGUAUUUGAAGUAAUAUUAUUUAAAUUAGGAUUUUUCUGAGAUUUGCUUGCUAUAUACUUAAGCGUCAUUCUUUAUACGUAUAUUCAGCUUUUGCUUGCGUUCUAUUUUAAAAAAAAGUUAAGGUGACUGGAAAAUCUAUGAUUAUGCAUAUUCAUUGAUUAUACAUUAUAUUAUCACGCACCAUAAUAUAAAGUGUACGAAUUCGAUUUUCAAAACAGCACACCUCGUAAUCAGUAAUUGCUCAAUAUAUUUAAGAUAUUUACUAUUUGCUAAAAAUCAUUAAUUUGAUAUAUCCAGAAUCCCAAAAAGAUACUUAUUGCAAGAAAAACGCAUAUCCACCUAAACCUACAAACCUUGACAACACCGAUUUGUUGAGUUUGACCAGGUAGGAAAGCAAAAGCAUGUCUGUAGUACAUGCUACGUUGUUAGUUACAAUGUAAGAUAAAUUCCAUAGAAGAGCUUUCCUCAAAUGUUAAGAAUAACGUUCUUGCCCAUUGUGCACUGCAGAUUAUAACGCAUAAUACUUAAUAGUAAUAAAAAAAGGAAAACUUUUAUUAUAAUCAUAUGUUUCAUCGCUAGGAUCAUUUGCUGGACCUCAUAGUAAUGAACAAUAAAUGACGGACUUCUAUUGCUUCUCGCAACUUAUUCAUCUCUAAGUUCAUUUCGUAUUAUUUUUAUGGUUUCAGGGUUGAGAAAAAAAAACAAUUACAGAAUUGAUUAACGUAAUGGUGACGAUGGAAAAAGUUUCAGAAAAUAUACUUCUUGUGAGUUAUUCAUCAUUAAUCAAAUAUUAGCAAAUUCAAUGACGUAGUCCGGUUGACAUUCAGUAACUUAUUCAUUCACGCACUUAGGGAACGACCGUGUUGUUGCGCUUAAUCUUCUUGUCCAUUUUAAAGAUGCUGAUGUAAGGAGCUACAGCGCUAUCGUUCCAUUUCAUUGGGGGGUGGAACAAUAUCAUUCAAGUGUAAAUCUAGUCAAUGAUUAAUACUCAUCAAGUUUAUUUUAAUAUGACGUAAACAUUGGUACCAUACAAAACUCAUGCUUCGCUAAAUUUUCAUCUGACAUUCUCCUUUCCUUAGUUUUUAAGACCAUGCCUGACAACUGAAACAUUACUAAGAGCUUUUUGUAAGUAUUCAUCAGUAACGAAUAACAAUCACCGACUCAAGAUUCAGGCUAAGGUCAGGACGUCUACAAAAGUAUGUGAGGUAUCAUUUUGAUUGAUUUAUUGAUCCAACGUGAUUUGAUUACAUUUUAGAGAUUUCUAGCAGUUUUCAGUAGGGAUUAAAAAAAUUGAAGGUAUACAACGUUAGACUUGUAUGUCUGCACCCAAGUAUUUUGUACCAUUGUUUGGGCAAUAAAUCGUCUAAAUUAUCUCAAAUUUCAAGGCAUUUCACUGACCGCAAAUUAUAUUACACCCUGUACAUAUUAAGUAAUUCAUUAUUGGCGCCCAUUUACUUUCACCAUGACAGCUAUAACCUAUUUGUAUUUGUUGUAAUCUGCAUGUAGCAUGUACGGUCAUUCCAUGUGAGAUAAUAAAAAACAACCUGGUAAAUGUUUUAUAAACCUUUUUUAUUGCAAUUUUCAUAAUAUGUAUUUAUAUUUAUUUCCGUGUGUAGGAUACAAGAAGAACAUCCAAUUAUUUUAUUUGGAUUAAAGACAUUAUGUAACUAGAUUUUUGUGUUAUUUCUACUAGGUUACUGCCAUUUGUACAGAUCAUCUUUGCAGUUGGUUUAGUGUUAAUUAACACUUGUAAAUAACUUCUGUACGCUUUUGUAACAUUUUUUU